CUCUGCAUAACGAUAUGGGGCAAAAUCAUCCAUUAAUAUUGUUUUUCAAGACUCUAUUGGCGUUCUUUCUUAUUGUGGGAAACAUUAAACCUGUAUUAUCAGAUGGUUGGAUCCAUGCGCAUGCAGAGGACAAACUCUUUAAAAAACUCUUCAUUGGUUAUAAUAAGUGGUCGAGACCCGUGCAAAACAUCAGUGAUGUUGUGAUAGUCAAGUUUGGCCUCUCCAUCGCCCAGCUUAUUGAUGUGGAUGAGAAGAAUCAAAUGAUGACAACAAACGUUUGGCUGAAACAGGAAUGGAACGAUUAUAAACUGCGCUGGAACCCCUCUGAUUAUGAUAAUGUAACGUCCAUUAGGGUCCCAUCAGAGAUGAUAUGGGUACCUGACAUUGUCCUAUACAAUAAUGCCGAUGGCGAGUUUGCUGUGACUCACAUGACCAAAGCCCACCUCUUCUAUACGGGCAAGGUAAGCUGGGUUCCACCUGCCAUCUACAAGAGCUCCUGCAGUAUUGACGUUACCUUCUUCCCGUUCGACCAACAAAACUGCAAGAUGAAGUUUGGUUCCUGGACAUACGACAAGGCCAAGAUUGACCUCGAGCAAAUCGAGAACACCGUAGACUUGAAGGACUACUGGGAGAGCGGAGAAUGGGCCAUCGUCAACGCUGUGGGAACCUAUAACACAAAAAAAUAUGACUGUUGCCACGAGAUCUACCCAGACAUCACCUUCUUCUUCAUCAUACGUCGUUUGCCUCUGUUCUACACCAUUAAUCUCAUCAUUCCAUGCCUUCUCAUCUCCUGCUUGACAGUGCUGGUAUUCUACCUGCCAUCAGACUGCGGAGAGAAGAUCACGUUGUGUAUUUCCGUCCUCCUUUCCCUCACCGUCUUCCUUCUCCUCAUCACAGAAAUCAUUCCUUCAACAUCUUUGGUCAUUCCAUUGAUUGGCGAGUACCUUCUCUUCACCAUGAUCUUCGUCACACUCUCUAUAGUCAUCACUGUAUUUGUGCUGAACGUCCACCAUCGUUCUCCAAGCACCCAUAAAAUGCCCCAUUGGGUCAAGUCGGUAUUUCUGGAUCUCAUCCCUCGCUGGCUUUUCAUUCGACGCCCAGAACCUGAUCAGAAGCGCCAACGGUUGCUCGUUUUGCAGGAGAAGAACAAGACUCCCAAUCUCAGCACAUUCAAAAGCUGGUUGCAGCAGGAAACAGAUGUAGAUGGAAGAGGCUAUCAGGACAUGGAGUUUGGAGUAAAGAUGGGUAUACCAACCUCCGUCUCUUGCCCGUCUGCCACGUCUCUGCAUUUGUCUGAGUCUGAGCCUUUACUCCAGAAGUUGGAGCUUCAGCAGUUGGGACACUUAGUGAACCUCUGCCAGCAUCCAGCAAAGCUGACGAACCUUGUGUCAGACCCAAGCAUAACCUUUUCACCUUGUGUCCUACGAGCUCUGGACGGGGUGCGGUACAUCGCUGAUCACCUGCGUGCUGAGGAUGAAGACUUUUCAGUCAAGGAGGACUGGAAAUAUGUGGCUAUGGUGAUUGACCGUAUCUUCCUGUGGAUGUUCAUCAUUGUGUGCCUACUGGGGACAGUUGGUCUCUUCUUGCCUCCCUGGAUAUCAGGAAUGAUCUGACUGCUUUAGGAGCCAAGAUACAGACCAGAAUCAAGAGCCAUGAUAAAGAUUUCCUUGAUGGAAGCCAAGUACAUUGGACAUUUGAUAUAUGAAAAGAGGUGAUUUUAUUUCAUCUCCUUCUCUGAUGAGAGAUUCUUUUAUGUAACAACAGUAGAUAUCUGUUUGUUGUGGGUUUACUUGCCACAGAUCAUUUUCACAACACAAGAAACUUGGCUCACUUCUCAUUGAAUACCCUGACAUUUAACACUAUCUAACUGCACCCAAUCCCAGUCAUUUCCAUGCAUAAAGGCAAAGGCCUUCACAAGAGCAAUAUGCAAAAUUAACCUUUAGAAAAAGCUUAUGUGACCCUGACUGGUGGUAGUUCAAAUCAGUUCAGUCUCUACCCUUUAUCCAAAUGUUAAAUGAACCGUAGAUUACUUUUUGCACCGCUUUCAACAGCAAUUAUCUGCAAGGUCAGAAGGCAACUCUUAUUUAUUGCUAACUUUCCUCGUCUUUGAAUCGCAAUGCUUUUGAUAUUAUGAGGGUUGUGUAAUUAUGCAUGUUGGGUGUAUGAACUAUGUAGGUCACGGAUAAAAUGGUAACUGAAAGUUGCGUAAACUACAUUUACACUGUGAAAUUUUGCUUGCCCUUACAAAAAAAAAAAAAAAAAACGUAGAGUUCGGCAAAUUAGCUGCAAAUUUGCCACUCAUUAUUUUCACAUGCAAAUAAGCUUGUAAUUCACUGCAAAUGUUUGCCAGAAGUUUGCAGCUCUUCACCGGUAGGGGUGAACCUGAAGCAAACCUUUGGUAAAAAUGGACAAUUUGCAGCAAGUUUGCCAAAAAGCUCAUUUGCAUUUGAAAAUGAUCAGUGGCGAAUUUGUGGCAUGUUUGUGUCAUUUUUGCAAUGAACUCACGAUUUUUGCAAGGGUGUCCAUUGAACUAAAAAGUAUUGUGCAAAAUUUCUAAAGCGAAUG